AUGUGCUUGUAAGCGUACGCUGCUCAGCUGAGCAGCAUGCUCUUACAACACACAACAUAUCACAAGGCUAGACUCAGACCACUGCAUAUUUAGAUCUCACUUGGGGAUUUACCUCGAAGUCACUCCCAGGCAUCUGAUAGGGCUGCACACCGAUGUAUAUAAAAUGAACAACUACAAAAAUUACUAAAUCGCACCUGUACGGUCAUCCAGAUUACUGUAGAUACUAGUAUCACAACCUCACAUAAUUUAAAUUAUUUCACAAUUGUGGUAGUUUAAACUAUCGGAAGCUUUUAAGAUAAUGUUACGUAUGACUGAUAACCAGCUACUGUUCUAACUAACAAUGAAGUUUAUUUUUUCCAGGUUCUAACAUUCGUAUAACAGAAGGGAGCUUAAAAUGUUCUUCCUGUAUUCCGGGUCAAAAAUUUUGGGAGCACAGGCAAUUACUAAGAAUAUACGUAAAUUCUUGGGUACUGCAGUUGAGCCUAUUUUGAAGCCAGAAAUAAAGCGAAGCUCGAUUUUCAUCAACAAUGAGUGGGUAGAGUCAUCUAGUGGAAAAACUUUCAACACUAUAAAUCCAGGAACUGGUAAAGUAAUAUGUCAAGUUUCGGAAGGUGAUAAGGUUGACAUAGAUAAAGCAGUUAAAGCAGCUCGUAAAGCCUUCGAAUUUGGUUCCGAGUGGCGUACCAUGGAUGCAUCACAUCGUGGUGUAUUACUUCACAAACUGGCUGAUCUUAUUGAACGUGACAGAGUUUAUUUGGCUUCUUUGGAAACACUGGAUAAUGGGAAACCAUUUGCUGAUUCAUAUAAUAUUGAUCUAGAUUUAGUGAUCAAAUGCUACAGGUAUUAUGCUGGCUGGGCAGACAAAUAUCAUGGGAAAACUAUACCUGUCAAUGGAAACUAUAUGUGUUUCACUCUUCAUGAACCAGUUGGUGUUUGUGGACAAAUUAUACCGUGGAAUUUUCCACUUCUUAUGCAGGCAUGGAAGCUCGGUCCAGCAUUAGCAAUGGGAAAUACAGUGGUAAUGAAGACAGCAGAACAAACCCCGUUGUCUGCAAAUUGGGUAGCUGAAUUAAUCAAAGAAGCCGGAUUCCCACCUGGUGUAGUGAACAUUGUUCCAGGAUUUGGUGAAACUGCUGGUAAUGCCCUAGUCGUUCAUCCUGAUGUUGAUAAAAUUGCGUUUACUGGUUCAACAGCUGUAGGACAAUUGAUUGGUCAGAAUGCUUAUAAACAUGGUGUGAAACGAAUUACUUUAGAACUUGGCGGAAAGAGUCCAUUAAUUAUUUUCAGUGAUGGUGAUUUUGAUCGAGCCAUAGCUACGUCACAUUUUGGUUUAUUUUUCAAUCAAGGCCAAUGUUGUUGUGCAAGUUCACGUAUAUUUGUCGAAGAAUCAGUUUAUGAUAAAUUUGUUGAAUAUAGUAGUGAAGAGGCUAAAAAGCGUGUAGUUGGUAAUCCUUUUGAUUUAAACACAACACAAGGUCCACAAGUUGAUGAACACCAAUAUCAAACAGUUAUGUCAUACAUUGAAUCUGGUAUAAAGGAAGGUGCCAAAUUAUGUGCCGGUGGCAAACGGUUUGAAUCAGAUGGUUACUUCAUUCGUCCUACAGUUUUUGCUGAUGUUCAAGAUGAGAUGCGCAUUGCUCGUGAGGAAAUAUUUGGACCUGUAAUGCAAAUUAUGAAAUUUCGAUCAUUAGAUGAAUUGAUACAUAGAGCAAAUCAUACACAAUAUGGUCUUGCAGCUGGUAUAUUCACUAAUAAUUUAGAAAAAGCUAUGCAUGUUAUGCAACAUUUACAAGCUGGCACUGUUUGGAUCAAUUGUUAUGAUGUUUUCGAUGCUGCCGCACCUUUUGGAGGUUAUAAGUUUUCUGGAGUUGGUCGAGAACUAGGUGAAUAUGGUUUACGAAAUUAUACAGAAGUCAAAACUGUAACUACGCGGAUACUUCAAAAGAAUUCAUAAACACAGAUAACUAUUGGUUAUUUAUUUUUGUUAUUCGUUAUAAAAUUUCUUAUUUGAAAUUGGUAAUCAAUUUGAACUUUUAACUCAUGAAGGUAUGAUUGAAAUUUUGUGAUAAAAUCGUGUUUGAUUUUAAAUACAUUUUUUCUAAUU